GAAGAAAGGAAGCAGAAAAGUAUCUCGUCAAAGGAAGAGGACACACCCCAAACGGUCUUCUGACUCCGUCCAAGCCCUGGUUACACUUCGUCCUACCUGAGUCUCCUUCCUCAGUGGUUGAUCCAACUUUUUCUGCGCGUGUUCAAGGAAAACUACAGUACUUACAGUCUAGACAAACUUUCUCCCACCUCGUCAAUGUGUCAUGUCUUGUGUGACCCUCUCUCUCUCUCUCUUCUCCUCUCCUCUCCUCUGCCUGGAUUGGGGUAUCAUUCUCUCGAUGCCUAGAGUAGCCCUCCCUUUUUCUUUACCUUCUCCUUCUCCCUCUCCCUGUUUGUUCUGUUGUGUGUGUGUGUUUUUGUUUGCUGUGGCAAGUUGCCGUUUUAUUUUUUACUGGCUGGGUUUGGGUGUCGUGUCUGCUGCAUGGCAUGGCAUGGCAUGGCUAAGUGUAGAGUUGUAUGUGUGACAUUCCCUCUUUUUUCGCUUCUUUACCUUUUUUCUUGUUACUUAUUACUAUUACAGUAGAUGUUCUUCCCUGCACCACUGGGUAAAACAUAUCACUUAAAGGAAGGUGGAGAGAAAGAUGGGUAUAGAGAAUGUCAUUUCAUGUAUUGAACUGAGUGAAAAAGAAAGGGGUUGAAGGGGGCAAACUAAACUCUCUC